UCGGGCUUUAGAUACUGAGGUGCGCGGAUGUUGCGGCAGUGUGACCACAGUUCGAUGCUUUCACAGUGCAGUGUCCGUGUAACGUAGAUCGCCCUGAAGAGGACACCUGAAGACAGCGGCGCGCGCUGUCGGUAUGUCGCCAGAGGUCAGCACCUGGUCACACGAUGGACAGCCUCACUCAGGACGCCGCGCCAUGAGGUGGUUCCGGAAACCAGCCACUGACUCGCCCCGACUUCUGAGUCUGUCGCCCCUCCGGUGUGGGGUAGACACGACUGACGCCACGGGGGUGUCCACAUGCUGCCGGCGUUCCAGCGCCUGCGCAGAUCUCUCACCCCAUGGGCGCCAACACCGCUCCAGAAUAGAUCUGUCACCAGUGCGAUGGCAGCGCCGAAAGAGCAUCAGUGGCCAGGAGUGCGAGCAACCCGGCCGCCAGGUGCGCGCAUCCCGCGAGAAGAGAAACCCGCUGCUGGACCGGGUGAAGAACACGCGCCUCUCGUGCUUCAAGUCCAGCACGAACAUACUCACCGUAACAGAGCCGGAGCACCAGGACCUUCUACAACUCGUGAAGCAAGGUCCUCGGUUCAGUGUCUCCGAAUCUAACGACAACGUCGUGUACUUUGGCGACGGUGAGAUGGACGACCCGUCCAGGCACAAAACAUCGACGUCGUGCCUGUCAGCCAAGCUCCGGGCGAUGUCGGAGAAGUACCUGCGGUCCUCGACAAACAAGUUCCUGGCGAAGUUGUACCGUAAUGCGGGGAGUAGCACCCAGGAGGACGGCGGGCCCCGGAGGGGCAGAUCCCAGUCCGGGGCCAAACUGCGCAGUUUCUCGUACGGGGCGCUGCCCGGAUUGGAGGAGUUCCAGCGACGGCACAAUCCUCUGUACCACGAGGAGGAUGAAGACGAUGACGUAGCGGCGGAGGACACCGACAGUGGCAUCAUCAUCAGCGACUCGGCCAACUCGUCCAUGAUGGAGCGGGACCCGGGGCCUCAACGGGCUGCGUCCCUCGACCGACGCGAAGUCUUCCGACGCUACGGGGGCGACCUGGAGCUGACAGACAGACAGCGUCGGCGCCAGAGGCUGUGCGUAGUGUCGCCGCCACCCGUGCCGCCCCACAAUGAAGAGGCGGCGCCGUUGAACGUGGGGGGCGGGGGCAGGAGGGAGUUCAAAGUGGUGCGACUGCAACGCAGCGACCCUGCUGAGGAGCUCGGAAUCUUCAUUGCGAAGACGCAACUGUCCGAGCAGGGCAGCGCGGGGUACCUGGUGGCGCACGUGGUUCCGGGCGGACUGGCACACAGGGAGGGCACCCUGUGUAUCGGUGACGAAAUUAUCAACGUCAACGGCCGGCGCCUGCGCGGACUGACGAUGUCUGGGGCGCGAGAUGCCCUGGGCAGCGGACCACGGGAUGUAGACCUCGUAAUAGCCCGACCACAGUGGCAGGAGGUCUCCGCCCCACCUCGACCGAAAAGCAUGAUGCCAGAGAGUUCAGUGGACUAUGAGAACGUGCUGAUCCUGCCCGCCACGGCGGACACACCCCCAGAGGAGCAUCAGGACUAUGAGGAGGUUGUGUUCAAGUGUCCCUCCCCGGCCAGCAAGGUGAUCAAGAGGAGACAGCACUUCCAGAAAAACAGCAAAGUGUUUCGGCGUGCAAUAGCCAGCUACACUGCAGGCGGCCAGGGCGACGAGCUGACGGACGCGAGAACAGACAUUGGGGGCACCGAAGACCACACCCUCAUGUCUACUUCCAACUUCUGCACGCUGCCCCGCCGCCCACGCUCGUCUGUCUGCUCAUUCCACACAGUCAUAUUUGAGAAGGGUCAUGGGAACAAGGGGCUGGGCUUCACCAUCGUGGGAGGGCGUGAUUCCCCCCGUGGGGCUCUCGGCAUCUUUGUGAAAAGUAUUCUGCCAGGUGGACAAGCAGCAGAGGACGGUCGCCUCAGAGCUGGAGAUGAAUUGUUGGCUGUGAACGGUGAGGUGUGCCAUGACCUGACGCAUUCAGAGGCAGUGGCACUCUUCAAGAAAAUCAAGUCUGGUCCUGUUGCACUCCAUGUCUGUCGUAGGAUUCGAACCAAAGACUCAUCAACAAAAGCCAGAUCCUGCACAGACCUGGUUCAGGGCACAGAGACCGAAGACUGACAUGCAAGGGUGGGGCAGUGGCAAGAGCUAUGUAUCUGCAGCAGCUCACACUUUUGGUCUGUCAAGAUUCUUCACUGAAAAUGUGGUUACAAAUGUACACAUGACCACACCGGUGGCAGCACGUGAAUGUGCACUUCAUUCUGUUGCUACGACUGCCGUGCCAGGUCAAUGAGUGUCAAAAAUGCAACUGUUCUGCUGGUGCUAGCUCCCUUUUCUGAAUCAGUAUGCAACCUGCUCUACUGGAUGAUGUAUUUAUAUUUAAUACCAAACUAAAUGCAUGGUAAAUGUUUGUUUUGCGUCUGAGGAGGAAUGGCUCUACUCUUGAAGCAGCUGACACAAAAUUUGACAAGGCCUGCAGUUCUGACAGGAACAUUUUCCCCAACUGCUGUAAGAGCACAAGUAUGAAACGUCUCAUGCCUGUGCACAUGCAAAGACCAAACAACACGUAUUUAGUUUUUGUACAAUGCAACUAUGUAGCAAACUCUGCUACUCAGAAACACUGUUUAAAAUUGAUGAAAUUCAGCAGAACCAUUUUCAGAAAACAGCAUGUUGAUGUAAUGUAAAAUUCACUAUUUUGUGCACUAUCAGUUUUUUUUUUUAACUGGACGUGUUUUCACUAUCAGAUGUGUGGCAGGAAGGGUUCCUAAUUAGCUGGGCCCAUUUCAAAAAGCCAGCCUAAGUAACUGAAGCUGUCCAGUUUAAAAAAUUCUGUGUUGUGAGAAACUGAGGACAGUGAAGGCUGUCCUAAAUAGCAGUCAUGUUUACUGUAACACACUCAGGUCAUGCAACUUCCUGUUCCUACACACUGCAAAAUGUAGGUAUCAAAAUGCCCUGCACUCUGUACAACGCAAGCUCACAGGAACACAACACAAAACUCAAGAUCGGUCUCUUCGUAACAACAGUACUGUUCACAUGACACACCUGACAAAGUAAAAUCACACCAUGAAAAUGGAGGCAGGUCCCUCAAAAAUACUGAUACUCAUGCACAAAAUGACAUCUUGUAAGACUGAGCAGGGAGCACAUUCAAAUCUGUGCCCAGAGAUUGGCUGUGGCCUUCUCAGCCCCUAGAAGCAAAUACUGGUAAGCAGACCGCAACUGCAGCUUCCACAUGCUGAGCCUGAGUUACUGAUAGUAAUUAAAUAAACCAGAAACAGAGAAAUGGAUGGAUUCAGAACCAAACAGAAACAGUUUCAAUAUGAAAGUUUGCAUCUGAUGCAGGUAGCAGUCCCAGCUGGCACACCAGAAAUUACACUACAUUAUGGAAGUCCGCUGCUUCACCAUCAGACCUACUUCUCUGUCACUCCCCUGUAUACAGCUAGUUUCUUAACCACAAUAAUACUUAUCUGAGGCACUAUCCCAAUGGCAAGACUGAGGAAAACUACAAAAAACCUCAGUUAAGACAGCCCAUGUCUGCACAGAUUUGAACCAAGAACCUUUGGAAUACAGUGCAGGAGUGACAACAUGACUGCCAUAUUUAGUGAGAUCCAUACUAUGCAAGGAUGAAGCGUCGUACCUUGCACGGCACGGCGGCAGCAGAAACAUGCCUAUCACCUGUUGCUCACGCAAGGUGCCAUCCCUGUUGUGCGCUCAGCAACAUAUCUCAGUUACCAUGUCCACUGUAAAUACAUUUUGUUGUACGCAAUAAAGAAAUUGUUUAUACCCACUA